GGUGCACUGUCUCCCCCCUCCCUCUGUCCCGGCCCCUCCUCUUGGUCCGCCCUCCCCUCCCCAUCGCUCCUCACUGCAGCAUCACACUGCGGUGUCCAGCCUCUCCAUCCGGCCCCUGCACUCCAGCCAGGCGCACAGGACACGCGAACAUGGCGGUGACUUGGGUGCUGUCCUUGUUGUUGGUGCUGGUGGUGUCAGCAGGAGGCAGUGUGGGGCCCAGCUCCAACAACAGUUUGUGCUCUGAGUCUCGAGAAUGUCUCCAGUACGAACUGCUGUGUCAGACCGACGAGUAUGAGGUGCGGCACUACAGCCCGACGCUCUGGGUGUCGACCGAUGCAGAGGCCUACUUCAUGGGUGUGGGAGCAGCCAUGGCCUUUAGGAGGCUCUUCCAGUACAUCACCGGAGCUAAUGAAGGAGGUUACCAGAUGGACAUGACGGCUCCUGUCCUGGUGAAGAUCCCAGAGGAGACCACGAUGUGGGAGCCAGCCAUCUACACACUGAGUUUCCCUCUGCCCCAGGCCUACCAGGAGCAACCCCCCCAGCCCACCAAUGACAAGCUGUAUUUCACGGAGAUGCCGGACAUGGACGUGUACGUGCGCAGCUACGGUGGCUGGAUGCUGUCUGUCACCUCGAGAUUGCAGGCCCACCAGCUGACCAAAGAACUGGACAGAGUGAGGGCCUCCUACAACCACAGCCACCACUACGGCGUGGGCUACGACAGUCCUCUGAAGCUGCUCAACAGACACAAUGAGGUGUGGUACGUGUCUGAGGGGAAACCAGUGUGUUCCGACCCUCGGGAGCCCACACCCCCUCACCCCUCCAGGCACGAGACCGACCACCAGGAGUCUACAACCCCUCACCCCUCUAGGCACCCGACAGACCCCCAGGAGCAGCCCACAGUCCCUCAAACCUCUGUGCUGCAGACCGACGCCAAGGAGCCCACAGUUCCUCAUCCCUCCGUGCUUCAAACUGACCCCCAGGAGCCUACCGUCCCUCACCCCUCCAUGCUGCAGACCGACCCCCAGGAACCCACAGUCCCUCACCCGUCCAUGCUGCAGACCGACCCCCAGGAGCCUACAGUCCCUCACCCCUCAAUCCUCCAGACCAACCCUGAGGAUCUCCCCCACUUCUCCAGGCUCCAGGCCGAUGACCCAGCCUCAACGGCCCCCCAGUCCUCCGAGCUGCAGGCCGAUGACCCAGCUGCAUUUGCUCCUUCAGACGCCCCUUCAGACACCCCCACAGGUGCUCCCACGGGUGCUCCCUUAAGCCCCUCUUCUCUUCCCUCUGAGGUCCUCUCUGCCACCGAUGACAACAGCACCUGCUGCAACUCCUCCCAGACCACCUCCACCCCCACUACGCCUCUGUCUCAUGCCACCCCUAACCCUUCAGAGCAGAGCACCCUCAGCCCUUCUGAAGAGAGCACCCAGGGCAACUCCAGCCACCCAGAACCAGGCACCCAGAACACCCCUUCCUCACUCCAGACCUCCGCCUCUCCCUCAACCCACGUCCCUCUGGAGCUAACCCCUGGCCCGUCUGACCCUUCGCUGGGCGCAAACCAGUCGGAGCACCCUCCCAGCACAGCACCAGAGCACCAGGACCCCCCUCGUCAUGAGCAGUAGGUCCUCCAUGUUACAACCAGAUGUGGGGAGCACUUAGCAGGCUUUUUAGCAGAUACAGACAAAUGAGUGAGGGGGAGGACGAGGUGUAAGCGUUUAUUUAAAGAGGGGGUAUUAUGCUAAGUCAACUUUUUGGAGAUUUUUGUAGAACCGUGUUAUAAUGUUCAGCGCUGUUCCCUCAUCAAAAACAUGUGUGAAAUGGUUUUAUAUGUCAUCCCUGCAUGUUUCUGUAAUCUUGCGAAGUCUCCUCACUGUUAGCAGCAUGAGCCCACACCACUUGUACAAGGCUCCACCCACAAGCCUACAUCACCUUUAUUCCUGUGCAGUAAUUUUUGUUAAAUAUACAAAAACAUGACACUGAACUAUACACUACAAAUUCACAAACCUGAUGCGAUGUGCAGUAGCUUCAUUAGCGGGACGCACACUGAUUGUGUUCUGAUCGCGGUGAAGGCGGAGCGAGACUCAAGAGUGUCAAAUACAGAACUGAAACUAAUAAUAAUAACUAAAUAUGUUAUGUGUUAGCAAUUAUUACCCCACAGAAAUGUAAUGCCCCCUCUUUACGGGAUAAAAUGUGGUGCGUAGACCCCAGCAGGGAGAGAAAUAAGAAGCAGAGACGGAGAUAGAAAGUGAGGAGAGUGAGGAAAAAGGUCGUGAUUGGCCGACAGGUGACAGGAAGUAGGAGUCUUCAGCUUCCUGGAGUGAUGUCAACACUUAUGGUAGGUCUAAAUGUCAGAAUUAGUCCUAUUAUAUUUGUUUGGCUGCUGUACCCACUUCUGGUUGUCAACAAAUCCCUCUCGCUGUUACAGUCUCACUCAUUAUGGAAGUAGCUCCGUGCUGCUAGCCCUUAGCUUCAAUACUAGUUUAACGCCACAUACUGCAGUCAUAUCAUAAUGCUUCAUGUAUGGUAUGGGUCCAUAGGCAUAUUUUCUGUUGCGCCUCCCGGGACUGUUUCUUGUUUUCUUGGGGCCCGUGGCAAAAUGGCAGUUUUGGGGGUCUCUAAUUUGACACAAAACCAAAAAACAGAGAUUUAUGACACAGAAACAUGACGUUAUGAAAGCUCCAUUUUAUGUAACUUUUCUGUGAGCUCUGCCUCCUCCUUCUUAUUAUUAUUAUUACCAUUGGUUUGUCUGGAAUGUUCCAAAGUAUAGCAGAUCAACAUUUCAAGGCAAAGCAAUCGUGUUUCCAUGGAGACAAUAAGGUGGCAGAUCCUCCAUUAGAAAUUUUACAUAGUGCAGAUUUAAAAUAGGAAAACAGAUAUAAAUAAACAUGUUUAUUCAAAUCGAAUUGUUCAAAAUAACAUAACCCCUCCUUUUGUGUCAUGUUUUUACCAUAAUAUGCUCCGAGCUAGAAACAGCCCUGCGGCGCCACCUACUGUAAUCAAACGCUAGCUUUUCCGUUUGCGUUGCAUCUCAUAAGCACUUUAAAUGCAUUUUUAGUCAUUAGUGGUAUUCUAAGGCAAUAAUUCUAUAAGACAUUUCAGUAUAGUCCAUGUUAGCAGCCAUAGAACAUAUUAACUGGUCUGUGGAUGGUUUGUUGUUCUGCAUACACUGCUGCUUUAAAGAAACCGGAAAGUGGCAUUAGCUAAAGUUACAGCGUGUGAUGUAAUAGGAUCUUAUUCACCACAUGUAAGUCUUAUGCAAACAGCUCUGUUCACUAAUAUCUGUUAUACAAAGUCAUCAGAUGCAAUAAAAAUCAGAAUGAAAUUGAA